AUGUCUACAGUCCGAAAGUAUUCUUGCAUGUGCGGUGCCUUUGAAGGCCAAGUCACAGGUGAUCCAGCCUUGGCUGUCUGGUGUCACUGCGGUCAAUGCCGCAAACAAACUGGCGCCGCUAUGCAGCUUGGAAUCUUCCCCAACUUUGAAGUUCUCAAGGGUGACGAUCAAUUGAUCAAGUAUGCCUCAACCGAGGGAAGUGUCUACCGAAACAGUUGCAAGAACUGCGGUAGCUUUUGCUACAAGGUCUUGCCCGAUGGAGCCAAGGUUGCCCCAUUGGGUGCUUUGGAACCAGCCAUCAAGCCCACCUGCCAUAUCUUUGUGAAGGAUAAGGGAGAACAAGCUGUCAUGUUUCCCGAUUUGCCUCAACACGAUGCAUUCCCUUAA